AAAAAAGUUAAUCUCACAGAACCCUAAAGUUUUACGCUAUUUAAAAUACCCCAACACAUUUCAAAAAUUCAAAUCAUGUCCCUCGAUCCAGAGCCUCCCCCUUCUUCCUCAAGCAGCCGCGAUUGGUUCUUCCCUUCACACUCCUUUGUUCACUCCUCUCAUCAGUCCACGCCGAAAUACCAAAAACACCCUCGUCGGUUCUCCACGAAUACUAGACUGUCCCAGCCACGUCAGCCCGAUUCGAAACCCCCCAGAACACCGUCGUUUCGCUCUGUUUCGUCCUCCAACUCCUCCUUAAGAGACUCCAACUAUGCAGGGGUUAGAAAAAGAGCGUUGUACUCCACGCGCCGCGCGGAGCAGCCGCCGAAGCUCGAAGAAAUCGGCGCCGAAUCGGACCGAAAUGCCGGCAUUUCGGGCGAAAAAACCGGCGAGAAGAAUGUUGGGUUUUCGGGUCAACGGGUCAAGGUCCGAUGGCAGAUGGCGAUUUGCUUAGCGGUUGUGCUCACAGCUUUUAGUUCUUUGGUGCACAAGAAUUUCUACUUACAUAACCAAAUAAAUGAAUUGCAGGAACAGGUCUCAAAACUGAACAUAGUUACGAGCUUGCAAUUGUUGGAUUCUAUCCAUGUCAUUAGCUCCAUAUCAGAGGAAGUGAUGAACACCUAGCAAAGGCUUAAAAAUCUGGCUCUAAUUUUCUCGCUGACACUUUCAAUCCCGGUUCUUAUUUUGAAGUACAUUGAUUAUGUCUCUAGAUCAAGUCAUCAGAAAUAUUUCAGAAGAAGUUCUAAUAAGCAGCUUGCAUACCAGGUGGACAUAUUUUUAUCAGUCCAUCCAUAUGCGAAGCCAUUGGCAUUGUUGCUUGCAACACUACUUCUUAUUUGUCUUGGGGGUUUGGCACUCUAUGGUGUGACCGAUGAUGGCUUAGCAGAUUGCCUUUGGUUAUCCUGGACAUACGUUGCUGAUUCGGGCAACCAUGCAAACUCUGAAGGGAUUGGUCCAAGGCUAGUUUCCGUUUCCAUUAGUUUUGGUGUGCUUAUAUUCGCGAUGAUGCUUGGACUUGUUUCUGAUGCAAUUUCUGAGAAGUUUGACUCACUAAGGAAAGGAAGAAGGGUAGUUGAGCGAAAUCACACCCUAAUUCGUUGGAGUGAUAAACUGGGAUCACUACUGAAUCAACUAGCAAUAGCCAAUGAGGGCUUGGGUGGAGUUGUGGUUGUGGUGAUGGCUGAACGUGGCAAAGAGGAGAUGGAACUUGACAUUGCGAAAAUGGAGUUUGAUUUCAAAGGGACAUCUGUAAUAUGCAGAAGUGGUAGCCCUCUUAUUCUGGCUGACCUUAAAAAGGUAUCUGUCUCCAAGGCUCGUGCCAUAAUUGUCCUGGCUGAAGAUGGAAAUGCUGAUCAGAGUGAUGCUCGUGCUCUAAGAACAGUCUUAAGUCUAACAGGAGUAAAAGAAGGGUUGAGAGGGCACAUUGUGGUAGAACUAAGUGAUCUUGACAAUGAGGUCCUAGUUAAACUUGUUGGAGGAGAACUUGUUGAAACCGUUGUAGCUCAUGAUGUCAUUGGGCGCUUGAUGAUUCAAUGUGCUCGGCAGCCUGGACUUGCACAGAUCUGGGAAGAUAUUCUUGGGUCUGAAAAUUGUAAGUUCUACAAAAAAAGAUGGCCGAUGUUGGAUGGCAUGUCAUUUGAGGAUGUUUUGAUCAGUUUUCCUGAUGCUAUACCUUGUGGAGUCAAGGUUGCAUACUGUGGUGGUAAGAUUAUUCUGAAUCCUGAUGACUCAUACAUGCUGCAAGAAGGUGAUGAAGUUCUUGUCAUUGCUGUAGAUGAUGACAGCUAUGCUCCAGCAGCAUUGCCUACGGUCAAAGAAGCAUCAUUCAUACAUAUUGCCCGACCAGCAAGAAAGCCACAGAAGAUUCUACUUUGUGGAUGGAGGAGGGACAUUGAUGAUAUGAUUGUGGUGUUAGAUGCCUUCCUAGCGCCUGGUUCAGAACUUUGGAUGUUCAAUGAGGUACUUGAAAAUGAUAGGGAAAAGAAGCUUAUUGAUGGUGGUCUAGAUCUCAGCAGGUUGGAGAAUAUAACACUAGUUAAUCGUGAGGGGAAUGCUGUUAUACGACGUCAUUUGGAAAGCCUUCCCUUGGAAUCGUUUGACUCGAUUCUAAUUUUGGCUGAUGAGUCGGUUGAAGAUUCUGCCAUUCAAGCAGAUUCCAGAUCUCUUGCCUCAUUACUUCUGAUUCGUGAUAUUCAGGCUAAGCGUCUUCCAUGUAGAGAGGCUAUGGUAACCCAAGCUAACAGAGGUAACUUCUCACCAGGUUCUUGGAUUGGAGAGAUGCAGCAAGCUUCUGAUAAAUCAGUGAUAAUAAGUGAAAUUCUGGAUCCUAGGACUAAGAAUUUAUUAUCCAUGUCAAAGAUCAGUGAUUAUGUUUUGUCAAAUGAACUUGUCAGCAUGGCGUUAGCCAUGGUUGCGGAGGAUCGACAGAUAAAUGAUGUCUUGGAAGAGCUGUUUGCAGAAGAGGGAAAUGAGUUACAAAUAAGGCAAGCAGAUCUCUACCUCCGCGAAGGUGAGGAAUUGAGUUUCUUUGAAAUAUUAUUACGAGCUCGAAAGAGGAGAGAGAUCCUUAUUGGUUAUCGCUUGGCUAAUGCCGAGAGAGCUGUCAUCAAUCCACCUUCCAAAAAUGAGACAAAGAGAUGGUCUCUGAAGGAUGUCUUUGUGGUAAUUGCAGAGAAGGAAUAAUCCCUCAUUCCUGGAAAAGGAAGAAUAUCCUUCUGCAACUGGUGAAAUCUCGAACAUCCUGCACUGAUCAAAAGAACGAACAUCACCAUCUCGAUCUGACUGAAUUUAAUCCAAACAACGAGCACCACCUUCCCGAUCACUUACACUAGAAAUCGAUCUCAAAAGCAUUGAAACACGGCUCCUUUCCGAUUACUGAAUGGCUGCCUUUUUUUUGUUCGUAUUGUGAAUAUAGAUUGAUCUUGUUGUAUUACAAAUCUUGAAUAUAGGUUAGGUGUAUUGGACUGAAGUUUAAUUUGAGUAGAAUGGUCCGGAAACAUUUGUGUUUGAGAUCUUGAUGGCUGGUUUGUAUAAAAUGAAGGAUAUGCAGACUGUGAGGUUGCAAAGUAAGCCUGUGCAGGUGGCAUGUGUGAGGGGUGUGAG